UUACAAAGUCGUUCAUCAGUUGCGUUGAUCGUGAGGUAGCACCGACACGAUAGUACACUGGGAUACGUACGCUGUCCACUUGAGCGAAGUCAUGGCGCACAAGACAAUUGAAUACGUAGGGAUACUUAUCCUCAUUGUUGUCAUGGCAGCCGAAGUCUAUACCGAUACUAUGGAUUUUACACUUAACCAUGCAGAGGCAAACAUGUUCCUGAAACCCCCGAGUCAUAAUGCAAAGCGAUGGGUAUUGGAACGUGAUUGUGAAGCUUCAAUGGAGACAUUCGAGCCACCACCGGAGCCACCAGUACCUCCGAUAGUGGAGCCGCCGAAUCCUUGUGAUAAUGUCACCCAUGUGAUCCCUGAUAAACCGUCGUUUGAGUGCCGGUUAAUUCGUUAUAAUCUCUGUAUGGACGCCAAGGAGUUGAUGAUGCACGUCGUCGUGAAGCUCGUCCACGUUAUCGAUGCAAUACACGACAAGUUAUUGUACGUGCUUUAUUUUAUCGGUCUUGUCCUAGAUUGGCUACCUACGGUCAAUCUUGACACCUGUCUGAGUGAUUUGGCUUGCGCCGGCUCCUGGUUACUUCGAUAUAUUCUGUGGGAUUUGUGCCUCGGGCCUACUUUAGAUUUCAUCCUUGCUCUUUGUUGAGAUACGUAAAUUUUAUCUGUCAAUUAUCGUUUCGUUGUUGAAAUUUCAGUCCGUUGAUUCAUGAAGGCUUCUCAUAUCGACCAACGGGCCUCGUUUUAAAUCUAAGACUUUACGCAAAACACCAACCUCAGAAGAUCAAUAUAGAACAAAUAAAUAAAAGAUAUUCUUUUUUUCAAAAUUGGGCUCGGGUUCUAUACCUUUUUCCCAAUACUUCACAGUCAAUGGAAAGUGUGUUGGAAAUAUUCAUUCUGUAUUGAUCUUUUGGUAGUUUUCCUAAAUACAAAAUAAAACACCCUCCGUAUACUAACAAAAUAA